AUGACCAGCUUCAUUAAUAAGAUCAGCGACAACCCCAUCAGCAUUAUAAGCGAAAAUGAGGACACUUCUACAGAUUCCUUAAGGCUAGUUAAGACAUAUAUUGACGACGUGAUUCUGUCUCAAAAAGCUCUGGACGGUAAAGUGUUGCUAGACGAGAUUGUAGUCGAGGGGCUUGACGCCAACCAAAUAUGGCAGCAAGUUAGGCUUGUGCUGGAAAAUAGUGGGCCCAAAUUAAUGGGCAAGAUUAGUACUAUACGGACAAGCUUAGCUGAGGUCAACGAAAGCGACGAAGAGAUCAGCUCAUCGGAAAGCUCUGAGGUUGAAGAAAACAAGGAAGAAGAACUUGAAGGCAUGAAUGAAUUUGACAGCGAUGAGUCAGAGAAGGUGGAUGCUAUAAUAACUACCGGACAGAGUGCCGGGCUUCCAAUCAACAAUAGCGAUGAUGAAUACCAUUCGGAAGUUAGAGAAGGACAUAAUUCAAACAGAGGUAGUGGAGAUGAAGGCAGCGAGGAGGAGGAAGGCGGUGCAAAUAACUCCGAUGGUGCAGAGGAGAUUACCGUGGGCCCAAAAAAGGACAGUUUUGGGCUUAACGAUGAAUUUUUCGAUCUUGAGGAGUUCAACAGACAGACUAUUGACAAUGAAAAUACUGCAGAGCCUGAUAAUGAGAUUAAUUAUUUUGAAGAUGUUCCGUCUGAAGAGGACGAGGAGGUAUUGUAUUAUGAUGACUUUUUUGAUAAACCAUCGUCUUCCAAACGCAAAGUCACAUCAGGUGGCGAUAAGCAGGUUAAGUUUGGUGAGCAUGGCGAAGACUUCCAUGAAAAUUCAGACGACGAAUAUGACCGUGCGAUGGAAUCAGCUAAACUUGACCUGUUUGCUGAGGUUGAAGAUGACGAGAUGAAGCCUGAAGUGGACCCAGUCUCUAAGCUUUCUACCUUUCAACGUCAGCAGCUCGACAUACAGAGGCAGAUUGCCCAGCUAGAAAAGGAGGCAGUAGCAGAGAAAAAGUGGGCCUUGAAGGGUGAGGUAAAAGCUGGUGAUAGGCCUGAAGAUGCUUUGUUGACAGAAGACCUUGACUUUGAACGAACUUCAAAACCUGUCCCUGUCAUCACAUCAGAUGUUACCGAAUCUUUGGAGGACAUGAUUCGUAGGAGAAUUCAGCAGAGAGAAUUUGAUGACCUUGCUAGGAGGGUUGAGGCCAAUCUGAAUUUCUCAUCCGCUAAACCUCAGUUUGAGCUGAGCGAUUCAAAAUCCUCUAAGUCUUUAGCGGAGCUGUACGAGAAUGAUUACAACAACAUACCACAAGACUCUGAGGUAUCAGAAGAGCUGAAAAAAUCGCACGCUGAGAUUUCCGACCUUUAUAGCAAGUUGGUCUAUAGUCUCGAUGCGCUGUCCUCUGCUCAUUUCAUACCAAAACCAGCGCAAAAAACACUUGAGGUUAGAGUUCAGACGCCUGCUAUCAAUAUGGAAGAUGCUCAGCCUCUGACAAUGUCAACGGCACCAACUCUGGCUCCUCAAGAAGUGUAUGCCCCUGGUGCCUCCCGCAGCACAAAUGAAAUUUCACUCAAAAACGGUGUUGUAAUGUCAAGGGAUGAACUGUCAAAGGACGAUAAGAAUAGGCUGCGCAGGGCGCUAAAGAGGAAAAGAUCCAAGAGAUUAGAAAACCAAUCCGGUCUCUCCCAGAAGAAGAGCAAAAAGGAUAGUGUGAUACAGACUUUAUCCAGCGCAAAGAAUGUGACUUUAAUUGACAAGAGAGGUGAUAAGCGGGAUGUCAAGGGAAAUAUUGUGAAGGAUGGGACCACAGGUAGAAAGAAUUUCAAACUUUAA